CUCAAUCUACCAAGUCUCCUAGCAAUGUGGAGUUCUCUGUAUUGUUCAGUACUGAUGACUAUAUAAGAAUGAAGAUGUUCUUCUUUUCCUCGAUAAAAACAAAUUUCCUGAAAACUGUUCUCUUUCUUUCCAGCCCAAUUUGAGAAUUUGCCCGGAAGAAUGAACAAUUGCUUCACUUUUGAAAACCCCGCGCUGCCCAGUGAUUGGCUAGUUACAACCCAGCUCCAUAGUCUCACUGACACAAUAGGCAAAGACAAGUCGCGCGCAAAUCUUCACCUCCCCGGUCGAGGAUGUUUAAAUCUUCACUCAGUACGAGAUCGUCUCCUCUACGAUGCUCUGCUUCACUUCCAAGCAUAUUCGUAAAACAAUGAGGAGAUUAAUUUGCAAUUAUAAAUCUGAAAAUAGGAUCCUAUUCAAAAGGAAGUGUGUGGGGGCGGGGGGAGGUGCUUGUAGGGCGGUGUUUUCAAAGAUUUAGUGUUUUGUAGGCACUGCAGCUUGAUCCAACUAAAACGUCGCUCAUUAUUAUUAUUUUGAGAGGAAGGUAAGGCGGGAGAGGUGAGGGAGAGAAGUUAUGUCUUAAUAAACUUUAUCCCAUGCUACUGUCCCUUUGCCUUUUUUAAGGCAAAUAUAUUCUUGACAGAAAAAAAUAGGUCAGGUUGAAAAAAAAAAGAUGGACUUUUUAAAAUCUUUGGUCAAUGUACAUGCUGUAAGGGAUCGAUCACUAUGCAGACCCCUGAGGUCUCAUCCUUUCGGGGUCUGAGGGGGACUGCAUACCCUCUGUCAUCCUUAGAUGAUUGUUCACUUUUAAGAGAAAAAAAAGGCCUUGAAUUUUAGUAAUCCAGUCCAUGGGUAAGACACAGAACAAGAAAGAAAGAAAGGCAGGGAAAGGAAACAAGCUCACUUCUCCCCGCUCCCGCCCCACCUCCAAAUUAAACCCAAAGCACCAAAAAAAAAAAAAAAAAAAAGCCAGUGAGCUGGGGGGCCGGCGAGAAGGAUCAGUUUUUAAUUGUUCUAAGCGCGGGAUUUUCAAAUUUUCAAACUAUCCAAUGACAUUUGACCGGUUGCUACUAACCAAUCAGAGAAGGGAGGUGGGUAUAAAUAAUACCCUAAGCGCCGGGCUUUAUACAUUGCUGUUUAUUGCGUGCUUGAUCUCGUUCUGGAAAGUCGUUGUCACUGAGAAUGGCCCGCACGAAGCAGACUGCGCGCAAGUCGACCGGUGGCAAAGCGCCCCGCAAGCAGCUGGCGACCAAGGCGGCCCGCAAGAGCGCGCCCGCCACGGGCGGCGUGAAGAAGCCGCACCGCUACCGGCCCGGCACCGUGGCGCUGCGCGAGAUCCGGCGCUACCAGAAGUCGACGGAGCUGCUGAUCCGCAAGCUGCCCUUCCAGCGCCUGGUGCGCGAGAUCGCGCAGGACUUCAAGACGGACCUGCGCUUCCAGAGCUCGGCCGUCAUGGCGCUGCAGGAGGCCAGCGAGGCCUACCUGGUGGGGCUCUUCGAGGACACCAACCUGUGCGCCAUCCACGCCAAGCGCGUCACCAUCAUGCCCAAGGACAUCCAGCUGGCCCGCCGCAUCCGCGGCGAGAGGGCAUAAAAGCCGAAGGUCGCCCCCUGCCUGGCAUUCUGAAACCCAAAGGCUCUUUUUAGAGCCCCUCCAACUUCACUGAAAAGAGCUGGAACAUGACUAAUUGAAACGUGAUAGCUGCUUUUAGGUGUAAUACGAAGGGCAAAUACAUUGUUAACAAUAUACUUCACCUGUCCCCAUGGCCCCUCCUCCCCAUACACAAAGGACUAGAUCAUUAAAUAUAUUCAGAAUGUUACAGGUAGUGACUCAGUGAUUCAAUUGCAUAUUCAUCACCAAUUGAUUUUUAAACUUGAUAGGAUUCUGCAGAUAAAGCCACUGCCCAGACCACUUCAGUCUCAACUCUCCUGUGUACUUGAUAAUCAGAAAACAGUGUCUUUCUUCUGUUAUUCUACCAAGUCUGUAUAAUUCUUAUUACAUUAUAUUUCUAUUUUAUUGCAAAGCAUUAUAGUUCUUUUGUUCAGUUUUUCAUUUUGGCAAGAUGAGUGUAUUUAUUUAACUCUAACCUAAAUAUCCUGCUGAUUUUAGACAUUUUGCUGAUGUGCUUGUAUGCUUUUUCUCUUGUAGUCUGUUCCCAUUUUUAAUGGUAGAUUCACAGACACUGUUGUAUUACUGAAAUCUUUCCCCAAGUUUUAUUGGCAAUUUACUCUUUAGGCUCCUUCAGCUUUUCCGCAACUUUAAACGUUUGUCUCAAAAUCAUUUACACACCAUCUGAUUUAAGCUUCAGCCCAUCCUUUUCCUAUUUGUUCCCCUUCCUCUAAAUCUUCAGCACAUAAGAAACUAAAUUCCUUUUUUAAGACCAUUUUUCUCAACCACAUACUGAGAUCCUGGAUUUCCUUCUUUUAUAAUCUAUACACAAGGUCAAUAAUUUAUAGGUGUGGACUAUAGACCUAGAAUAGGCCUAAAAGAUAAUAUAUACUUAAAUCCAUAUAGACCUGUAGUGUUUCACAGUGAUAUAAAUCAACAUAGCUACACUUCCUGUCUGGCUUCUCGCUGAGCUACUUGGCCAGUAUUUGGGGCCAGUCUUACUAGAUUAAGGUGUGUGCGCGGUUUCCCUCACACUGACUGUUGUAGAUUUGGUGACGUCUGGGUGGCUGAAAUUGUCCUGUUCACAGUUGUGUUAUUUGGGGCUUUGUCCCUGCACUGGGGAAAUAAACCAUGUUUCAAGUUUGUUUCCCAUCUCUUUAUUAGUGAGACUUCUGCCAACAGUGUCAGAACCUGACACAUCCCAUCCCCCAAAAACACACACAGCUCUAUAUAAAAAAAAACCAAACACAUAAUAAAUUAGUAGCUCAUGUUUUGAGGAUGUUAGUGUGCAAUCAACAUUAUCUUAGCCAUGUCUUGAUUAAAUAGUACCAAAACUAUUAAUGGUUGAGACACAGGCUAGGCCUCUUUAGGGUGGUAGAAAAGGAUUAACUCAUUUAAAUUGUCCAAUUUAAGGCUUGCUUGAUGUUCAUUGCCACUCUGGAAUCUAACAAGGCAGUGACCAACCUAGGAGUUGCCUGAAAGGAUUUAGUGGUUUAGAAUUAAUGUACAUACCUUCUAUUUUCUUUAUUGAGUUUCUCUUCAAAUCUAAUCGUAGAAUCAUAGAAAAUUAGGGUUGGAAGGGACCUUAGGUGGUCAUCUAGUGAGUCCAACCCCUCUGCUCAAAGCAGGACCAUUUCUAAAGAGAUCAUCCCACACAGGGAGUUGGUCUUAAAAACCUUCAAGGAUCGAGAUUCCACUAACUCUUUGGGUAACCUGUUUGCUUUAUUACCUUCCUGGUGAGACAGGUUUUUUUCUUAUAUGUAACCUAUACUUCCAUUGCUGAAACUUGAGACCAUUGCUCCUUGUUCUGUCAUCUGCCACCACUGACAACAGUCUAGCUCCAUCCUCUUUGUAACUACCCUUCAGGUAGUUGAAGGCUUCUAUUAAAUCCCCUCUCAGUCUUCUCUUCUCCAAACUAAAACCCAAUUCCCUUAGCCUUUCCUCAUAAGUCAUGUCCCCCAGUCCCCUCACCAUUAUUGUUGCCCUCUGCCAGACUCUUUCCAAUUUGUCCACUUCCUUUCUGUAGUGGGGGACCCAAAAUUGGACACAGUUCUUCAGAUGUGGCCUCACCUGUGCUCAGUAGAGGGGAAGAAUCACUUCCCUCAUUCUGCUGGCACUGCUCUUACUGAUGCAGCCCAAGAUGUCAUUAGCCUUUUUGUAACAAGGGCACACUUGGUUCAUAUUCAGCGUACUGUCUACUGUACCCCUAGGUCCUUUUCUGCAGAGCUGCUGCUUAGCUAGUCGGUCCCCAGCCUUUAGUGGUGUGUGCAAUUUUUCCGUCCGAAGCGUGGGACUUCACACUUGUCCUUAUUGAACUUCAUGAGAUUUCUUUUGGCCCAAUCCUCCAAUUUACCAAGGUCUCUCUGAAUCCUAGCCCUGCCCUCCAGCAUAUCUACUAUUCCCCCCCAGCUUGGUAUCAUCUGCAAACUUGCUGUGGGUGCACUCUAUGCCAUCUUCCAGGGUGUUGAUAAAGAUAUUGAGCAAAAGAAAAAUUGAACUGGAGUCUACAUUCCUGGUUAACUUGGAAGUUGACAAGAUAAUCAAGGGAGGUAGAAUAUAGAUUGAAAUAGGAAUGUACUAAAAUGCAAGAGAAAGAAAUAGUAAGGUGUUAUUUGGCUGUAUGUGUUAACUUAAAAUUGGAUGGUUCAACAAUGGUACAUAUACAUGCAUUUGUAUAAAGACAUAUGUUUUCAGGGGAACUUUGGAUUUGUGCAUGACAUUCAUCUACCCCCUCCCUUUAUAGUUUUAAU